AUGGCCGCCGCGAUCCCCUUCGUCGUCCCUCUUCUGCCGCUCGCGGUCCCGAGACUCGGGCGCGGGUUCAAGCGCAUCGCCACCAAAUACGCGCCAUCGAAAGUAGCUCCCGUCAAGCCGGUGACGAACACGGAGCCGUUCAAGGGGAAGUUCCCGGAGCGCGACGUCACCGGCGCGUCCGUCAUUCAGGUGCGCCCGCCGCGAGUAUCCGACGACGUCUGUCUCGCGUCGCGAAAGUCAUCGCCCCCGUCGCCGCGGCCGAGGAGGCGUCCGAUCCGGAUUGUCGGCGAAAAUAUCUUUUCUGCAGCACCCCUGUAA